AUGGCUCCGCGCUCCCCAACCCAGGCAUUCGACCCCAGCCCGGCCAUAGAGCACGACCCCGGCAACUUCUCUCCUCUCAACCAGACCGAAGCGAUGCCUGUUCCUCCUGUCAGUGGCAGUCAGGUCGUCCCUAAGGGGGUUCGAUUCUCAGAUGUUCCCACGACAGUGCCUCAGGGCCGACACUCUAUAGCCACAACCAAUGUGCCUCUGCUCCCCUCGGUGUCGUCGGCCAGUCAGUUACCGAAGCAUGGUUUCCAGAUCCCGAGUUCGGUGUCUGAAAUAGACAUCACCGCUUACAUGGAACAAUGUCGAGUAUGGAACACGCAGCUGAGAGAAUCACAUGAAGCGGAGCGAAAAGCGUGGGACAUAGAAAGAACUGCGCUCAAAGCCCGCAUCGCGGAGCUGGAAAGGAAAUUGAAUAGGACUAGGGAUCCCAAGAGGAGGUCGAGCAACGAUUCUUCCAGUGCCAGCCUGCAUUCUUUUCGCUCAGAUUUACACUACUUUGGCACCGAUGGCACUCACCGAUCCCGACUUACUUCUGAGCCGGCCCACGCACCACCUCCGGUUUGGAAAGGCCCUGAGAGCACUCCCCCCGUCACGCGUGUUUUCUCUCGUGACGAUGAUGUGGCUCAUCUGCCCAGUAUCUCGGAAACUGAACCGCUUCAAUCGCAGUCGAAGGAAAUCUCCCCGACCACCAGUGGGCAGGAGAAUGUACCCGUACCGAUUGAGCAAGUUGACAAUACUUUGGAUGGUAUCACUCUCAAGUCUGCCGCAUUGACCUCUUCCUUUGACACCGGAAUCACCAGUCCGCAGUUUGCAACUCCUGUUCAUUCACCACCGGCGCAACCUGAGGAAGGCACAGAGGGGCUCCUGCAGGUUGAUCUGAAGAAUCUGGUGUCUCCCCUGGACGAAAAGUUGAAGAUGCAUGCCGGUCACACGCCAAUGGCCUUUGAUGGGACUUUGUCGUCUGGUGUUGAGACUACAGACAAUUUGACUCCCAAGCAGGAGCAGCCAUUUGCGCCAGCUCCUACUGCACGACCCCCGCUUCGCCCAACUGAAGCAUCUGAUUCAUACUUCUCAUUUACCUCUGCUGCCAAUGAACCAGAGGCCGACACCCAGCAAACUAUCCCGGAAGCACAAGAACCGGAGCAGAAUCCAAUCUACGAGUCUGAGGACGACCCUGCUCUCAAGGGUCCGCUAAUGCUGGAUCCUGGCGCUAAAACUGAGGCGGCUAGUACUUUCCUCCAUAUCGUGGAUGAAAAGCUGGUGGAGUUGGUGCAUGAUACCAAAGAGGAUUCUGAGGCCAGUGAACAGAAACAAGCAGCAGAGUCAUCACCAGCACCGGCGCAGGAGGAAGCAGACGAUGACAUGCCGAGAUUGAGGAUCAGGAACAGUACCAAUUUUGGCAGUGCUUGGGGUGGAGAUAUGCCGGGGCGUAUCUAA